GCCGAGGCCGCAUCCCUAGCUACGAAUUAUAAGCCUUCCCAUCCGAUCGACCUACCCAUAUUACGACCAACAUGAGUACCCUGGAAGCCGAACCCAACAUCAAUGUUGACGAGAGCACGCAAACCGAUACCCCAUUAUUAGACACAGAUGAUGUAACAGAGCUUAUCGAGAGCAUCAAGACCGCCUCCAGCUCCGACAUACUACUGCCCUACGGCUCCAGCGUCUUUGAUCACUCAGCCAUGGCCCCUGCUUCCCCAGCCGCCGCAGCAGCUCUUGCGAGGCUACGAGCCUAUGUCCCACCGCCAUUUCCCAUAUGGAACAACCUCCCCGUCUCCCGCCGUGCCGCCGUCCUCCUCCUCCUUUUUGCCGACCGCCGCGGAGACCUCCGGGUCGUCGUUACUAUGCGAGCUGCCUCCCUCCGUAACUACUCUGGCCAUGCGGCCUUACCGGGCGGCAAGGCUGAUACCCUUGAAGAAACACCGUUCGAGAUUGCACGCCGAGAGGCGUUCGAGGAGAUCGGGUUGCCGAUGGAUGACUCAAAAUUCCCAAAGUCGAUCAGGAUAGAGCAUCUCUGCCAACUCCCAUUUAAUCUGGCUAAGACGGAGCUUGCGGUGAGUCCCUGCGUAGCAUUCUUGCACGCCGAUGGCGCAAACGGAGAGACCGCGGAAGAGGCUAUGAUACCUACUCUCGAUGCGAAGGAGGUAGCUGCCGUCUUUUCGGCACCUUUCCAUAACUUCCUCAGGCUUGAGGAUGAGGUUCCAGAAGGUGAGAAGGUGCCGGGAAGCAAGAACGAUUGGUACGAGGGCAGCUGGGUCGACUGGCAUGAUGGCUAUCGCUGGCGCGUGCACAACUUCUAUGUCCCCAUCAACAACCAGAAAGUCACUAAACCGAAAGAAAGAGAAGGUGGGCUUAAGGCCAUUGCCGAGCAGCUAGAGGAAGAAGAGGAGGCUGGCAUGGAGAGAUACAAGGUGUGGGGUAUGACGGCGAGGAUCUUGGUCGAUGUUGCGAGAGUAGCGUACGGUGAAAACCCGGAAUUUGAGCAUAAUGAUCAUUACGGUGAUGAGCAAUUGAUGGAGACCCUUUUCAAGAUGGGUCGCAUGGGCGAGAAGAAGAAUGGAACGCCAGGCUUGACUAGAGAAGAGAUCGCCAAAGAAGCUGCGAAGAUGUAAUGAAGAUAAGAUCUAUUAGAUUUAAAGAAAGAUGAUCUGACACUCGUAAAGGCAAGGCGAUCGGCUACUGCCUCCAUUUUGAGUUUGUCCAGCCAAAACUAGUCUAGAUUAUUAGAUCAGCCGGGUUGUGCCUGGCUUACAAUUUAGACUUAACCACCUUCUAUUGAAGCGGCAAAAUAGCCAAAUAUAAUUCAUAACCACA